AUGUCGACGCAGCCGAAUACCACGAAAUGCGACGACAAAACACCGACCAUGUCAAAAGACAUGGAGGUUCAGCUCAGCAGCAUGGACGCGAACUCUCUUCACAAGCAUGAAAGCGCUAUUGUGGGUGAAGUUGAAGACCUCGAUGAAGCAAACCUGUUCCUAAGGCAACAUAAUAUCACACCGGAGUACAUGGCUGAGCUCCUUGAAGACGACAUAGCCAACAAGCGCGUUUCCAGGAAAGUCGACCUGUUGCUGUUACCACUACUAUGUGGAACCUACUUCCUCCAGUACAUCGACAAGCAAGCAAUGGGCUACUCCGCCGUCUUCGAUCUUUUCGAGACUACUGGCAUCACUGGUGAUCAGUACUCCUGGCUGGCGUCGAUCUUCUACUUUGCCUACUUGCUCGCUGAAUGGCCAUCAGCAUACCUUGCGCAGCACUUUCCAACCGGCCGAGUGGUGUCGCUCUUCUGCUUCUGUUGGGGCUCCAUUAUGCUACUUACAGCUGCUACCCACAACUUCGCGGGCUUCGCUGUCAUGCGCUUCCUCUUGGGUGUCUUCGAGAGUGUUGUGACGCCCGCGUUUAUGAUGAUCGUCGGAAUGUGGUACGUAGGAAAACAACAACCCGCAAGGGCGGGUACGUUCUACUGCUUCAACGGCCUCGGUAGUGCCGUCGGGGGCAUCCUGUUCUACGGCGCCGGAUAUGCGAAGAGCUUCGUCGUCUGGAAGAUCAUAUACAUCAUCUGUGGAGGUAUGACCGUCUUAUGGUCUGUAGUCCUCUUCUUCAGGUUGCCGGACAACAUCAUGACAGCCAAGAGCUUUUCUGUCGAAGAGAAGGCUCUCCUGAUCGCGCGCGCCGCUAGCAAUCGCACCGGAGUGUACAAUCGCAAAAUCAAGCUGCCUCAGGUCUGGGAGGCCUUGAUGGACCCGCAAAUCUGGAUACUCUUUCUGUUUGUCACGCUCAACGAAAUGAUCAACGGUGGCACUGCGAACUUCGGCAAGCUCAUUGUCAAGGACGCAGCGGGAGGUGAUCCACUAAAGACAACACUGUAUGGCAUCCCGCAGGGCUUCGCUCAAGUGUUCUGGGUUUUCACAGGCCCUUUUCUCGCCUCUCGACUGCCGAACGCGCGCACAUACAUUAUGGCUCUUUACCUCUGUCCAACGAUCAUCGGCGCAUGUCUGAUCUGGCAACUUCCACGCACUAAUCUGGCUGGGUGUUUGGCGGGUUAUUACAUGAUUGGCGCCUUUGUUGGCUCUCUGGUGAUUGCGCUUCAAUUUCCGGCAUCAAACGUAGGCGGCUACACCAAGCGUACUACUAGCACAGCUUUCGUCUUUCUGGGUUAUUGUGUUGGUAACAUCAUCGGUCCACAAGCCUUCUUGGCGAAGGAAGCCCCAAAAUACGAGACCGGUGUGAAGAUGAUCUUGGGAUGCGCAGUCUCUCAAGUUGUGCUAGCGCUCUGCCUGCGAGCCCUGCUCUUACGGCGGAACGCCCAACGCGAUCGCGAAGAAGCGGAGAGCUCACAUGCUCAAGGCAUGAAUUCGAGCGAUGUGGAUUCCAUUGAGGAUACUACCGACUUCCACAACAGGAAGUUUCGGUAUAGUGUAUAA